AUGCUGCGCUGCCAAAGCAAUAGCCACAGUCGCUCUUUCAAGCAGAGGAAGAGCCUGGCCAGUAGGAUGCGGGAAGCAGCUGAAAUCCGGGUGAAGUACCCCACCAAGAUCCCGGUGGUGGCGGAGCGUUACCAGAAGGAGAAGCAGCUGCCUCUGUUGGAUAGGACCAAAUUUCUGGUUUCCCAGGACUCGUCCAUGUCUCAGUUUGUGAUCACCCUGCGAACUCGCAUGUCCCUGACGGCAACCCAGGCCUUCUACCUGCUAGUCAACAACAAAAACCUGCUGAGCAUGAGCAUGGGGGAGGUGUACCGCGACCACAAGGAUGACGACGGCUUUCUCUAUGUAACCUAUGCUUCCCAGGAGAUAUUUGGCUGCUGCCGCUUGCAUGGCCCUGCGGUGACUCAGUCAUGA